CAUUUCCUAAGUCCUUACAUAUCCUUUAGGUUAUUCUUAUAUAAAAGAAAGCUACCAGCAGCAUGUUGAAAAUACGUGAUGACAGUGAUACCAUGACCUAUCCGUCGCCAAAACGGCGGCGUAUAUCCCAAGCCUAUAAUAGCGACUACCUCUCAUUCUUAAGCGAUGAAAUUUUAUUGCAUAUCCUAUCUUAUCUACCCAUGCCCGCUUUGCUAAUAUGUCAAAGAGUGUCCCGUCGAUUCCACGCUUUAGCCGGAGACUCGGAGCUAUGGAAGCGACAAUAUUAUACUCGAUGGGUACGACCUCGAGCACGUCGCUUAGCGAGAAUGAGACGUGCCAUCUCAAGGCCUGAAUACUCGCCCAAAGUAUCUACAUGGCUCGACCACGGUCAUCUAGCGGGACAAGGCAGCGGCGCAAAUUGGAAAAACAAUAUCGCCUUAGACACAACUGGUCCAAGGGGAUAUGCCGUGUAA